CGAAAGCCUCACGUGACCCGCCGCCGCGGACUCGCGCGCCCAGCUGUAGCGUCAGAUCGGCCCUCGCUCGCUCACUUCUCGCUGCCUGCUCCCGGUGGCCCUGAAGGCGUGCGCGCCAGAGGCGGGCCCAGAAUCGGAGGCGAAGGGGAAGCAGGUGUGCAGGUCUAAGUGUCGCGGCGGCGCACUCUCGGCGAGAAUUGGGAGGAGGAGAAGACUGCAAGGAUAGGCCCAGGAGCAAUGGCGUCCAAACAGAAACAAGCGGUGAAAAAUAUCAACGUCGAAAAUGCCCAGCAGGAAAACGAAGGAGAAGAACAGGGCCCCGUGAAGAAUGAAGAGGAAUCACGCAAUUUGAAAGGGGGUGAAGGCCAGAAGCAUGGAAAAAAUGUUAGGCUGGGGCGAAUGAGACGACUUGUCCCUAAUUUUCGGUGGGCCAUACCCAACAAGCAUGUUGAUCACAAUGAAGUGGGAGAUGAUGAGGAAAAGUUUGUAGGGCAGAUGAUGGAAGUCAGGAGGAAGACUAAGGAGCAGCAGAUGAGGCAUCAUAAGCGUUUCCAAACUCCUGAACCUGAUAAUCAUUAUGACUUUUGCCUUAUUCCUUGAAUCGUAAGGUUUUCUGCGAGGUUAAUAAUGUGGCCUCUGCUCUACAAGCUUGUAGUUUUGUGAUUUUCGGUAAACCUUUUGGUGUUUCCACUUACCAGUUUGUAAUUAAAUAUUGUUUUGUCUCUGUAAAACUUUCUGUCCAAUAAGGCAAUUUCACUCAGUUUUAGGAAAAACUAUUCCUUUCAUGAUGCAAAAUUAAUAAAGCAGUUUAAAAAAGCAAUCUUCCACUUUUA